AUGGCCACGUAUUGCCCCUAUCGCUUGCAUCCGCAACCUCUUCUCCUUGCUUGGGUGGUGGUUGCAUUCCUUCUGCGUCCCGUCACUCCCUCGGCUGCGCCCGUAUCCAUCGGUUGCGUUCUCUCUCCAGUCCAACCAGAGAUCUGUGGCCAUUUCGAGGAAGUGUUGCAAAAUGCGCCAUGGAACACGACGUUCCAACCCAUGGAUGAGAUUGAGAUCUUGGAUGCCGUCAAAUCUCUCCAUUUUGCCCUCGUUGAUCCCAAAACUCUCGCCUGCCUCGAUGUUGAAUAUGGCAUCGCCCCCAUCGCUACACUCGGAGUUCCAAACAUCUACGUCCCCAAACGCAAGACGCACGAUGAUUUCGUAUUCGAGGUGGGAGCCGUCAUCUUCACACGUGCAGACUCAACCGUCGAGUCCCUGGAACACCUCAAGGACAGGGUCGUUGCAACAACCACUACCACAGAUCUUGCCAGCACUAAUGCGGCCUUUGUGGAGUAUCGCCAGCGCACGGGAUCAGACCUCAUCGAUGACGCAGCUACGAUCGAGUUCAUGGGCACACCCGCUCGCGUGCUUGGUGCUGUCUUGAGCGGCACUGCAGACGUUGGCAUUGUGCAGGCGGGCUUUCUUGAGCAAGCUGUGAAAGACAGAGCCGUCACAUGGGAGGACGUGUUGUUGCUGUCGCUGAAUGUCGUCGAGAGCAACCAUCGCAUGUUUCCUUAUCACAUCUCCACCGUGGCAUACCCUGGCUGGGCGCUCGUAGGCUUUGAAGCAACCACAACGACGGAGCGCGAGCAAAUGCUUGACUUCUUGUUCAACACAAGCGUUGACUUGAGUGUCCACUUUGCUCUCGCUGAAAGCUACGCUACGGCCGGAGAUGCCCUGGAAACUUUUGGCAUCAUUGAGCGGGACCUGACACGAAGUGCAAACGCCUACUGCCCUCGAACUGCAUCACAUCGCGCUGUCUUGUCCCCUGCCAACCCCGGCAAUGCAGCCACCGAUACCUCUUCUUCUCCUCCAGCUUCCUCCUUUUCUUCUGUGUGGACUGCUGCCCUCAUUGACAAGUUCGACCCGGCCCUGCAAGCACCGCGAAUCAUCUGCCCGCAAUCCCACUUUAGACACAGCAAGUACAUCCAGGAAACACUGUGUGUUGGACUUGACUGCCCCAACAACACGCUCUGCGCCUGCCAAGCAUGUCAAGAGUCGCCACCCGUCUUGGUGCACUCGACGUUGGCUGACAGCAGCGAGACGCUGUUCUCUUCAAGUGUUGACACGCUGCAAAACGUGCUGCUGUCUUCGUGCGAGCGAAUGCGCGUGUGCUCCACAGUGCAGCAAGGCACACCCCAGUUUAUGCUAGUGGAAGACAAGUACGCACAGUACAGACCAAAUGAACACUCGCUCUUCUUCUUCAUUAGGGUUGACUGGUCAGAAGCAGGCAUUUCCACAACAACAGCCACACCACUACCCCACGAUCAUCAGUUUGCCAUCUUCAAUGUCACAACCCCCCACUUUGGCAGAGCAGCUGUGGAGAUAUAUGUUGCUGACCCUGAAACAACAAUGGACAAGUGGGAGCCCAUCUACGCAAGCCCGUUCCUGCUGGAAGUCACCCCUCGCGACUGCCCGCCAGGACAGGAGGCAACACAGGACAACACGUGCGUUUGCCCCGUCGGCACGCUCCACAUCAGCGGCAGUUGCAUGCAGGCAAAGGAGUACCUGCCCAUCUUCAUCGGCAGCGCCCUGGCUGUGAUUGGCAUCGGCGUGUACAUUGCCAUUGCCAUGGUGCGGCGAGGCGCAGACAAGCUGUGGCAGAUUGACGCGGCAGACGUUGUUGUGAGCGACCCGCCCGAGGUGCUUGGGAUGGGCGCGUUUGGUGUUGUGAUCAAGGGGGAGCUGAACGGCACCGCCAUCGCCAUCAAGCGCGUCAUGCCGCGGGCCUCGCGUGCAGGUGCACGUGGUACGCGCACGGGAAGCAAGCGAGGGUUUCUCAGCAGCAUGAAACGGAGUAGCAAGAACGGCGAAUGCGAUGACGCACUUGCAGCUCCUGACGGCACAGUGACAGGCACGUAUCAGGCAUCAAGGACAGCCAACGGCUUUGGCUUGCAGCUGGGCAACAUGGACAACGAGGCAGCGAUUGAGCGGGCGCUGGAGCAGGGCAAUGCAACCACCCAGGGCACCACACACAGGAUGAGCAAGACAAAGAGGCUCACAAACGCAAAAGCCGAGUUCAUGGAGGAGAUGCGGCUGCUGUCACGGCUGCGCCACCCGUGCAUCGCCACCAUGCUUGGUGCCAUCAUGACCAAGUCGCGAGAGUUUCUCCUCGUCAUGGAACACCUCGAGCACGGGUCGCUGUAUGACUUCCUGCGCAAUGAUGAGCUGCCAACACCAGACAUGUUCCUGCUGCCCAUUGUCAAGGACAUUGUGUCUGGCAUGCGCUACAUCCACAACCUCAAGCCACCGGUUGUGCACGGCGACCUGAAGACGAAGAAUGUGCUUGUGGAUGGCAACUUCAAGGCCAAGGUUGCUGAUUUCGGGCUGUCGCAGAAGCAGCGUUUUGGCUGUGGCACCCCCUUCUGGAUGGCGCCAGAGGUGCUGCGCGGAGGAGAGGUGACACGGGAGGCGGACGUGUACAGCUUCGCCAUCACGGUGUACGAGAUCUACAGCCGGCAUGACCCGUUCCCAGAGGAGGACGCGUCGGAGUGCUGCUGUCAGAUUGCCGCGGCGCAGGUGCGGCAAAGCGACCCGACAUUCCCAGGCUCCGGUGCCUCGUGGACGCGCAGCUGGGCGAGCUCAACAUCAGCAAAGGUGGGCGCAAGCCUCAUCCAGCAGAAGCAGGACGCGCUGAAGAAGGCCACGGUGCUGCACGACGUGUUCCCGCCGCACAUUGCCAAGAUGCUGGAGGAGGGCAAGAAGGUGCACCCGGAGCACAAGGACGACGUGACCAUCUUCUUCUCCGACAUUGUGGGCUUCACCAACAUCAGCGCGCAGCUGACGCCGGCGGCGGUGUCGGACAUGCUGGACCGGCUGUACUCUGCCUUUGACGAGCUGACGGAGAAGCACGGCGUGUUCAAGGUGGAGACCAUUGGCGACGCGUACAUGGCGGCAACAAACCUUGUCAAGCCGCAGCACGACCACGCGCUCCGCAUUGCGCAGUUUGCGGAGGACGCCAUCAAGGCGGCGCAGUCGACGUUCAUUGACCCUGAGCGGCCGGAGCUGGGGUGCGUGAACAUCCGCGUUGGGUUCCACUGCGGCCCUGUCGUGGCCAACGUUGUUGGGCGGCGCAACCCGCGGUACUGCCUGUUUGGGGAUACGGUGAACACGGCGUCGCGCAUGGAGAGCUCGAGCGAGCGCAACAAGAUCCACGUGUCGACGUCUGCGGGAGACCGCGUGCGGAGCCAGGCGCCGUGGGUGAAGCUUGAGUCGCGCGGGGUGCAGAACAUCAAGGGCAAGGGCGAGAUGCUGACAUACUGGCUGGUGAGCACGAGGAAGCCUGAGCAGACGGGGCGUGUUGCCAUUGCUGAGAACGAGGCCACUGUGAUCGACAUGGGCGAGGGUGAUGGCGAUGUUGACGGUGAUGAUGAUGGUGAUGGUGACACGGGUAGCCGGAGGAAGAGUGCCCAGCUGAAGGACAGCGUUGGGGGCGGGUUUGUGUUCAAGAAGAAGCGUGCGUCGUCGAUUGGGCGGCGGUCGACAGGAACGCACGAGAGCCGAGCAUCGGCGCGCGUGUCCCUGAGCUCCGUGUCGUGGCUCAACGAUGCAAAGGCGUUUGAAGCCCUGUCGCGUGACAGCUUUGGCAGCCGUCGGGCGUCAACAACAGCAUGCAACCUGCCAACAACAACAUCAUUGCCAACUGCCUUGUCGACCGCUGUUACUGUCGCAGGGAUCGAUUCGACUUGUUGCACCAACUCAGAUGAGAAUUCUAUCGACCUCAACACCAGUGUGGCCAACGCCUAUGUCACUGUUGAGAGCAGCGUUCAUGACGGUCAAAGCCUUGACAGUUCCAAUCAAGCCACCAAAGUGCUCGCUACCGUUGUGCUUCCGGAUGGUGUUUACGCUUAA